AUGGCCGCCAAAGCUCCUGCCGACGAGCUGCAAAAGCUCAGUGUGGCUGAGACCGACGGCGCCGCCAACGGUAAGCCAGACGUGAAAGCAGCUACCAGCGGCAACCUUGCCGAAAACUCCGAUGCCGAGUCCGACGAUGAUGCCGAUGAGGGUGCCAACGGCCCGGGCGGAGAGGGGGCCGCCAAGAAGAAGAAGAAGAGAAAGCCCAGGAAGAAGAAGAAGGCUCCCACCGCUCAGACCGACCCCCCCAGCGUCCUCCUCUCGCAGCUGUUCCGCAACAACACCUACCCCAAGGGCGAAGAGGUCCCCUAUCUGAACGAGAACAGCUACCGGACCACGAGCGAGGAGAAGCGCCACCUCGACAACCUCGACACUGACUUCCUCGUGGAUUACCGCCACGCCGCCGAGACCCAUCGACAGGUCCGCCAGUGGGCCCAGAAGAACAUCAAGCCUGGCCAGACCCUGACGGAGAUCGCCAAUGGCAUCGAGGACAGCGUCCGCCGUCUGGUCGGCCACGAUGGUCUCGCCGAGGGCGACGCCAUCAAGGCCGGCAUGGGCUUCCCCACCGGCUUAAACCUGGACCACAUCGCUGCGCACUACAGCCCCAACGCCGGAAACAAGACCGUCCUGCAGCAGAGCAACGUCAUGAAGGUCGACAUCGGUGUGCACGUCAACGGAAGGAUCGUUGACAGUGCCUUCACCAUGUCCUUCGACCCCAUGUACGACAACCUGUUGACGGCCGUGAAGGAGGCCACCAACACCGGUGUCAAGGAGGCCGGCAUCGACGUUCGUCUGGGUGAGCUUGGUGGGCUCAUCCAGGAGACCAUGGAGAGUUACGAGUGCGAGAUCAACGGUACCACAUACCCUAUCAAGUCCAUCAGAAACCUGAGUGGACACACCAUCUUGCCCUACAGCAUCCACGGCACCAAGAGCGUGCCCAUUGUCAAGACCAACGACACCACCAAGAUGGAGGAGGGCGACGUCUUCGCCAUCGAGACUUUCGGCAGCACUGGAACCGGAAAGGUCUGGGAUGAGGGCGAAGUCUCUCAUUAUGCCUUGAAUCCAGAUGCCCCAACGAGUGGUCUGCGCAUUGCUUCUGCCAAGCCUCUCUUGAAUGUCAUCAAGAAGAACUUUGGUACUCUCCCUUGGUGCCGAAGAUACCUGGAUAGAAUCGGACAGGAGAAAUACCUGCUCGGAUUGAACCAUCUUGUCAAGACUGGUGUUGUCGAGGACUACCCUCCUCUGGUUGAUAAGAAGGGUUCCUACACUGCUCAGUUCGAGCAUACCAUCCUGCUGAGACCGACCGUAAAGGAGGUCAUCAGCCGUGGCGACGACUACUAA